UUCUCUCCACCAUUUGCUAAUCUCCACAACUACCAUUACCACCGCCCCACUGUCUCGAUACUCAGUUUUUUUUCCGGCAAAAUCGAAAAAUGGCAUCUCUGGCAGCAUCAACGGCGGCUGCCUCGCUUGGCGUGUCGGAAAUGCUCGGAAACCCUCUCAACUUCAGUGGGGUGGCCAGGUCAGCAGCUCCAACAGCAUCAAGCCCAGUCACUUUUAAGACUGUCGCACUCUUCUCCAAGAAGAAGGCCGCACCCCCUGCCAAGGCCAAGCCCGCCGCUGCUUCUCCAGUUGACGAUGAGCUUGCCAAGUGGUAUGGUCCUGACAGAAGAAUUUUCUUGCCUGACGGUCUCCUGGACCGAUCAGAAAUCCCAGAGUACUUGACUGGAGAAGUUCCUGGAGAUUACGGUUAUGAUCCUUUUGGAUUGAGCAAGAAGCCCGAAGACUUCGCAAAAUAUCAAGCAUUCGAGUUAAUCCAUGCCCGUUGGGCUAUGCUUGGUGCCGCCGGGUUCAUUAUCCCAGAGGCCUUCAACAAAUUCGGUGCUAACUGCGGCCCCGAGGCUGUUUGGUUCAAGACUGGAGCUCUACUCCUUGACGGAAACACAUUGAACUACUUCGGGAAGAACAUCCCCAUCAAUCUUGUUGUUGCUGUCAUUGCUGAAGUUAUUCUCGUUGGUGGAGCAGAAUAUUACAGAAUCACUAACGGUUUGGAUUUUGAGGACAAGCUUCACCCAGGUGGUCCAUUUGACCCACUGGGACUUGCAAAGGAUCCGGACCAGGCCGCAAUUCUAAAAGUGAAGGAAAUCAAGAAUGGCAGACUUGCAAUGUUCGCCAUGCUUGGUUUCUACUUCCAAGCUUACGUGACAGGGGAAGGUCCCGUUGAGAACCUCGCAAAACAUCUCAGUGAUCCUUUUGGAAACAACUUGCUCACUGUCAUUGCUGGAAAUGCAGAAAGAGCUCCAACCCUGUGAUAUUUUGUUGUUUCUUAAUUUUCUUCUUCUUCUUUAAGAUGCAUGCGUGCAUUGUAAAUCUCAUUAAUUAAGACAAUCUUAUAUAUUAAGGAGGCGCUUGUUUAACCUUAA